AUUGUCAACACUUUUGCGACAGCAUGGUCAUCAGGAGAUCUAUGGGUAAGGCUGAGACGCUGGUCUCAAGCUUCAUCUGCUUUUCGUGCUUGAGCAGAGCUGGUAGAGCAGGCCAAGUAUCCCGCAAUGCUGCUUUCAUAUCUGCCUCUCGCAACUUGUCUACGUAUGUAGGGCGACGACGAGCCGAUGGUGCAUGCUUCAGCGCGCAGAGAUUCAGAAGAGCGAUAACGUCCCCAACCCGACCACAGCGGCGAUAUCUCUUGACAGAAGGCGGCACCGCGCCCACGACCCUCGAAGAGCACCAGAGACAAGUCGAGCAAAUAUCGGAGCGAGUACGAGGCUUUUAUGAGCGCAAAGAGAAGUUCAGAAUAUAUCAUGGGUCAACGAAUAGCACGCGCAAGUCGGCAAUGGGUAGGGACCCAAGCACGGUUGUGGACACAAGCAGAUUAAACCAUGUGGUUUCGGUCGAUACGGACCGCAGAACCGCACUGGUAGAGCCCAACGUGCCGAUGGACAGGCUCGUGGAAGAGACUCUCAAAUAUGGGCUCGUACCUCCUGUAGUCAUGGAGUUUCCUGGCAUCACCGUAGGAGGUGGCUACUCAGGCACCGCAGGCGAGAGUUCAUCCUUCAAGCACGGAUUUUUCGACCGAACUCUGAACAAAGUCGAAAUAGUUCUGGCCACAGGUGAAGUCAUCACCGCAUCAGAAACAGAGAAUUCAGACCUUUUCCGUGGCGCAGCUGGAGCUGUUGGCACAUUUGGCGUCACGACCAUGGUUGAGCUGCAAUUGAUCAAAGCGACCAAGUAUGUAGAGGCCACAUAUCACCCGGUCACCAGUAUGGAAGAGGCCACUGCAAAGCUACUUGACUUCACAUCCAAGCCCGGUGAAUACGAUUACAUCGAUGGCAUAAUGUACUCGCAACAAAGCGGAGCCAUCGUCACUGGGCGCAUGACCGACACACCAUCCGAAGACGUUCCAGUCCAACGCUUCAGCGCUCCCAAGGAUCCCUGGUUCUAUCUUCACGUCAAAGACCGCAUCGCGAAGAACUCCCAACCAACCUCCGACGCAAUCCCCCUUCCAGAAUACCUCUUCCGCUACGACCGAGGCGGCUUCUGGGUCGGCGAAGGCGCUUUCGACUACUUCAAAUUUCCCUUCGCAAACUGGUCCCGCCGCUGGCUCGACGACUUCCUCCACACCCGUAUGCUCUACACAGCCCUCCACUCCAGCGGCCGCUCAGAACAGAUGAUUAUCCAAGACCUCGCACUUCCGUACCCCAACGCCACCGAAUUCGUGAAACGCAUGGACGAAAAAUUGAACAUUUGGCCUCUAUGGCUCUGUCCCUUGAAACAGAGCCCUGGGUCCACAAUGCAUCCUCAUUACAGUGAAUAUGAACCUGAUGGCACAACUCUCCAACCUAUGCUCAAUAUCGGUCUAUGGGGCAAAGCACCUCCAACACAUGAAGGUUUCGUACAAGCGAAUCGAGAGAUCGAAGCUACGCUUCAAGAACUACGCGGGAUGAAAUGGCUUUAUGCUCAGACAUAUUUCAACGAAAACGACUUCUGGAAAGAUUUCGAUAGGCAAUGGUACGAGGACCUGAGGAGAAAGUACUCCGCUACGACUUUGCCCACUGCGUGGGAGAAAGUGCAUGUUGAUGUCGAAGCGGAGCGGAAGGCGAGACGACAGAAGAAACCUUGGACGCAGAGGCUCCUCGAAACGUGGCCGAUGCCGGGCUUCGUAGGCAUCAGGAGGUCGAUACAGAGCAAGGACUAUAUCCAGGCGAGGGAAGCAGCUUGGAAGGACUGGGUGCCGCGGAAGGACUGAGGAUCGCUGAAAACACUUUGUCAGGCCGUGCCCCUCCGUACCAUGCUGCAUCCGCAGCUUUGUGUGUAUAGAUGUACAGUAGUACAUAUCGCUCACCAAGCGUUGUUCAAUUUUGACAACAGUCAGCAGCGACAGCCACAAGCGUACUGCUGAACAAAAAAACUGC